AUGGCCCCACCUUCAGCAGCACAGUUGACAAAGUCACAAGUGCAGCAAAUGAGAGACUGGCGCAUAAAGUAUGGUCAAAGUGUCCCACAGAAUACCGUGCGGAACAUGAGCACUAAAGACAAUCUGGGUACUCUGCCGAUAAAUCUCUAUGCCCUGGCACAGCCAGCUAGCGAGCCUUUGGAAUUCUCGAAAAUUACAGAAAAUGGUACCCAAACAGACACACACCAUGCCAACACGCACAACAUUCUUCAUUCCACUGGGGACGUUGUUUUUCUUGCCUCGUAUGCCAAUUGUGGGCGGAUGAUGAUCUACCAUCUACAAGAAAACGUUAGUGUUUCAACAAAGAAAGCAAGAGCCACAAGAAGUUCUCAAGGUCAAUGCGAAAGAAAUACCUGGUUCUCAAGUGGAAACCGUUUGCAGGAGAUAGCAACCUUGAACUGA